CCCCGUGACUGGAUGAUGGCGGCGGUGUCAGGAUCGAGGUCGUCGGGCUGCCGGACGCUAUGCUGGGCGAGUUUUCUGUUGAUAGCGGGAGGCCUGCGCCUCGAAUUUGCAGCCGGCGCCGGACUCGUGAGGCCAGUCGAGGCGACUUCUCCUCCGCUCCCAGGUCCCUGGAGUGAGAGCAGCGGGACCGCUGACUCCGCCCGGGCCGGAGAUGACAGUGUGACGCCUGACCCUGUGAAGGGUGAUGGGGACAAUGCGACCCCUGACCCUGUGCGGGCUGGUGGGGACACUGUGACUCCUGACCCUGUGCGGGCCGGUGGGGACAAUGUGACCCCUUACCCUGGUAGUGCCGGAGGGGCAAGUGUGACGCCUGACCCUACAGUGGCCAGCGGAAGCAGUGCGACCCCUGACCCCCCAGGGUUAGGAGGGACGAAUGCGACCCCUGAACCCAGCCUGUGGCCCAUUCAUUCCGUGAACUCGGUUGACGAGUCAUCUAAAAGUCUGACAGCAGCUGUUCCCGUGUGUAUCUGUGACUUAAUUGGAGGACUCUGUGAAAUUGGCUGUUGCUGUGACCCUGACUGCUCCAAUGAGGACGUUGAUGCCUUUUCUUCCUGCCUGCUUGGCAGUGAACCGGCUAUCAACAAGGUGUGCAUUGAAAGUUCGGCAGUCUUCACCAGUAACAGCCCUUUCCCCGCAGAUUUCAUUGAAGAUGGUCCAGACAGUCUCUUCUGUGUAAUGAUUAAUGACCCAAGGACAAAUUUCUUUGUCACACCACAGUCCAUUGAUAGAGAGAGCUUUCCACUGCUGGUUUCACAGUUUGGCAGAGGUUCUUUUAUUCGUCGUUUGGAGCAGCAAAGCACUGAAUGGCCUGAAACAUUAUCUAAAGCUUCCUAUCAGGUUGGUGACCAGAUCAGAAUAAUAUUGACGCAAUGGUUUGCACUGGGCAUUUUGCGGCAGCCGUCGGCACUGAUAGGAGGGGAGUGCACUGACAGGAAUCCAGCAGGUUUUCUGCAGGAUCGUAGCACCACUUGUACCCGGAGUGUUAGAAAUCUGACUGCCAGUUGCGAGAUGCUGGCCUCGCUGAAUGCCCUCAAGUAUUUUGAGAACAUGUACUUAUUAUCGACUCCAAAUAUUACCAAUGUGGAGAACUUGAUGAAUGAAGUAAAUGAGACGAAGCAACAAUUGUUGGACAAGGCGACAAAUCGUAUUGUUCGUAUUGUAGUUGAAGAUAAAGCCGUGACAGCUCCUUGGGUGUCGAACGACACAUGCAUGAAUGUGGUAUCAGAGGUGACCUAUCACAUCACAUAUGACGGAUAUGAGGGUAUCGUUGAUGCCAUGGUGGCCUUUAGCUUCAUUAAUGUCUCACUGUCUGCCACCAAGAUCCAGCAGAGAUUCAAUGUUUUCUUCUUGAGGAUCAUGGAGAGUCGACCAGCAAAGAGACGGAGUGGAAAUCCUGGAUAUCUGAAAGGAAAACCCAUCCUGGCCUUUAAUGGUGAAGACGCUGUUAGCCUGACAGUCCUGAAAAGCAGCAGUGAUGGGUCCUGUUCUCACAUGGUUCGGAACGACAUACUGUUUCAACACAACAUGAGAGCUGACUGUUUGUACAGGUUCGACCCUGGACAGACAUGCAGUGACCUCCAAACACGCAUCAACUCACUCCUCCUCGGGAAUAAUCCACCCAACUCACUAGGCAUCCUGGGGAAUGCUAGCGGUAGAAAUCUGGAGAACCUGACCAAGAUCAUCAACCCAGUGCCCAAGGCUUCGAAUGCGAGCUGUCAGUCCAGCUGCACCCUGGCUAGUGCUUUAGAGAUUCAAAUUCUGUGGGCAAACCUGGGCCCUCUCGCCAAUCCCCAGGCAGCAGUGUUAGGUGCCCGUUUCCAGUACCAGAAGCAGGAUAUACAGCACUGUAUCAAGCACAAGACAGCGAUGUUGGCAAGGGAAUAACACAGUCUGUUGAAGUGGCAGGCACCUGGAAGCUUUGGGACUUUUUUGCAGACAGAACAUUGGGUGAUUGCUUUGUAGAACACCAGUCUAUGCUUUGUUUCCCCAAUGUAGAGGAGACCACGUUGUGAGCAACGAAUGCAGUAGACGAGAUUAAGUGAAGUGCAGGUAAAGCGCUGCUUCAACUGGAAGAUAUGUUUGGUUCAUCGGAUACUGAGGAGGGAGGACAAGUGGUACAAUUCUGUGGCUGCAGGGGAAAGUGCCAUGAGGCUGUUUUGGAAGUGAAGGAAGAGUGGACCAAGAAGUCCCAGAGGGAAUGGUCCUCGAGGAAGUUUGACAAAGGAGAGGAGGCGGAUAUGUGUCUGGUGGUGGCAUGCUGCUGGAGGUGAUGGAAAUGGUAGCUAAUGAUCCUCUAGGUGUGGAUGCUGGUGGGAUAGUGGGUAAGAACAAGGGGGACCCUAUUGCUUUUGUGGAAGGGAAGAGAAGGGUGAGGACUGAAGUGCAGGGGAUGGGUUGGACCUGGCAGAGCCUGUCAACUGUUGUGCUGGGGAUUCUUCGGUUGAGGAAGAAGGUAGCCAUUUUGGAGGCUCCCUUCUCAAAGUUGACAUCAUGCAAUGGAGAAAGUGGAACUGGUAGAAUGUAAUAAAGUAUUCACAGGAAGCAGAAUGUGGGGAUUUUUAGUCAGGGUAGCUAUGGGAGUUGGUUGGUUUGUAGUCGUUAUUGGUGGCCAAUCUAUCCCUAGAAAUGGAAACAGAGAUGUUUCCAUUUCUAGGGAUAGAAAUCCCUGGAUUUCUGGGGAGGAAGAAAAGGGAAGAAUCACAGAUGGCACAGGUGAAGGUGAGAGCUGGGUGGAAAUUGGAAGUAAAUUGACAAACUUUCAAAUUCAAAUUGGAAAGUCAAGUGAAUGAUAGGGACAGUGUCGAUGGAUCUUUACUUUAAGAUUACUUUCAGUUUAAGAGAAUAGAGAUAGCUUCACUUACAGUUUAAAAGAGUAGAGGCAGCUUUACUUUGUAAGAAAAGUUGAGGGAGCUUCAUUCUGUACCUGACCCUGUGCUGUCCCUUUUCUGGGAAUAUGUGAUGGUGUUAGUGUCAACAGAGCUUUACAUUCCAUUCACCUUAAAUUUAAAAGAAUACAGGAUGUUUUACUUUCCGUUUAAAAGAAUUGAGAAAGCUUUACCCUGUAUCUAACCCUGUGUUCUAUCUGUUCGGAGUUUGUAGGGGACAGUGAAAAUGUAGUUGUCUAUGUCCUGGGUGUGUUUGAUGGGGCAGUGUGGAGAGAGCUUUGUUUUCAAUUUAAGAGUGGAGGGAGCUUUACACUGCAUCUAACCCUGUGCUACCCUUACCCUGUGAGUGUUUGAUAGGGACAGGGAAAGCUUUACUUUCAUUUUGCUUCCAGUUUAAAAAGGUAGAGGAAGCUUUUUUUUCAGUUUAAAAUAAUAGAGAUUUAAUUUAGUUUAAAAGUGCAGAAGAAAUUUUACUCUGUAUCUAACCCUAUGCUAUAUCUGUCCUGGGAGUGUUUGAUAGGGACAAUGUUUAGGUAGCUUUACUGGUUGGGACAUCAUAUUGAGGGUGGUGAGACCACUUUUGGAGUACCGUGUCCAGUUCUGGUUGUCAUGCUAUACGAAGAAUGUUAUUAAAUUGAAGAGGGAUCAGAAAAGAAUUACCAGGAUGUUUCCAGGACUGGAGAAUUUUAAGUUACAAGGAGGGGCUGAGACUUUGUCACUGGAGUGGAGUGGAGGAAGUUGAGGGGUGACCUUAUAGAGGUUUGUAAAAUCAUCAGCGGCAUGGAAAUUAUGAAUAGCAAAGUUCUUUUUUCCCCAAACGUGAACUAGAGGACACAUUUUUAAGGUGAGAGGAGAAAGAUUUAAAAGGACCUGAGAGGCAAUUUUUUCACAUAGUGUUGUUCGUAUAUGAAAUGAGCUGCCAGACAAAGUGGUAGAUACAUAUAUAGAAACAACCUUUAGAAGACAGGAUAGGUACAUGAAUAAAAAUGUUUGGAGGGAUGAGCCACAUGCAGGCAAGUGUGACUAGUUUAUUUUGGGAAACUUGGAUAACUUGGACCAAAGGGUCUGUUUCUGUGCUGUAUGACUCUAGCCCAAGUAUUGACCUGUCCUGGGAGUGUUUGAUGGAUAUAAUGAGAGGCAGCUUUACACUGUCAUCAUCAAACAUUCCCAGGACAGGUACAGCACAGGAUUAGAUAUGGAAUAAAGCUCCGUCUUCGCUUUUAAUCUGAAAGUAACACCUUCUCUGCACUGUCAUCAUCAAGCAUUCCCAGGACAGGUGUAGGGGCUUUACUUUCAGUUUAAAAGAGAAGAGGGAGCUUUGCUCUGCAUGUAACCCUGUGCUUUACUGUUUGGAAGAAUUUGAGAUGGUUGGUGUUGAAAGAACUUUACUUUGCUUUAAACUUAAAGGGUAGAGGGAGUUUACUUUUAAGAGUAGAGACCUCUCAACUUCUGAUUUAAAAGAAUUGAGGGAGAUUUACUCUGUGUAUAACCCUGCACUGUCCCUGUCGUGGGAGUGUUUGAUAGGGACAUGGUAGAGGGAGCUUUAGUAUGUGAAUUGCUCUGUGCUGUCCCUAUCAUGGGAGUGCUUGUUGAGUCAGUAUAGAGGCAGCUUUGCUCUGUAUAUAAACUGUACUGUUAAUUUUAUUAGAAUGAAUGAUGGACGAUUUACUCUGUUAGAUGCUAAUCAUU